AUGUUUAGGUACGUGUGUCUGAAGGAACGUAACAUGUUGCUCACUAUGCAGACGGCUUACAUUUCAUAUGCUCGUUCUAUGCCAAAUCCAGAACGCAUUGAUCGGGUUAACGAGACGAUGCGUAAUAUCGAAACCGUUGUUCAUGAACGAAAUGAUGCGUACUUCCAACUGGAGACAGGCGAUAGCGCAAGUCCACCAAUGCGAACCGUCACUUCAUUCAUGGGCUUCACUUACAAAAAGCAAGCAGAAGAGCACUUGGAACCUCCUACAGAAGGUACAAAGGAGUACGAAGUUCCUUACUUGGACGGUGACGCUUACAUGAUGCAGAAGCUAUGGGCAGAAAAAGAAUUCAUGAAGGAGAGAGAUAGCGAACUGUGGAAGCGGUAUCUUCGAGAUGAUCUAUCAUGUGGACUUCACAGUUGUGAACCUUGUUCACCUUUAGGAAACAACACGUUGGGAAGGAAACCAAAUAAGGACGAGAACACGCUUAUCAAAAGUAAUCAUGCUGUUAUCGUGGACUCUGAAGUUUUCAUGCGUUUUAUCGACAUAUUCGACUCUAAUUUGUUUCAGAAUGUUAUUAUAACGCAAAAUGUGUGGGAAUUUGUCAAGCAGAAAUCCAUCAAUGCUUAUAAGAAGCUGAACAAAUUUGUUUACGAAGACAAGGAUCCACGGUUUUCGGUAUUCAUGAGCGAGUUCCAUCACAAGACCUUUGUGCGUCCUGAGCCAGGCCUCAGUGAUAGUUUACGGCGUGAAAAAGUUCUUUAUGUCUGUGCGGAUUAUCUAAAUAAGCAUUGGGCUAAACGCGACAUAAUUCCUAUCAUUUUAUGCGCUGAAGACGAUGUACUGACAAGGCUAAAGGAUAAUUAUGAGUACUCGUAUACUGUGAAAGAUUAUGUUCAAGGUAUGCAAAGUGAAAAGAAACGUGAUUUACUCGAUGCUAUGGCCGCUUAUGAUUCGUCGAGCUCGGGUGGUAAAAUCAUAUAUGAGAAUUAUUUGUCUCAUGAUGAAAUUACCAAAGGCAUUGCUCAUGGAACUAUCAAAAAAGGGACAUUUUCUGUAUCUCGAGAGAAUUAUCGUGAGGCGUUUGUCCUGGUGGAUUCUAGUACGAUGACGUCCUGGUUCAUCCAUGGAUUGGACAGCAAUAGGGCAAUUGAUGGUGAUAUUGUUGCUGUGCAACUGUUGCCUGAAGAGGAAUGGUCGUUACCAGAAAAGAAAGUUCGACUACGUGAUGUGGAAGAUCUGGAAAUGAAGGCUGAUGACGAAACUGAAGCAGAUGACUCUGAAGAGGCACCGAAAGUUAAGCGGGCCAAGCUGACACCUGUACCUACAGCUAAGGUUGUUGGGAUAAUGAAACGGAACUGGCGACCAUAUUGUGGCAUCCUUAUGCGAAGCCAGUUGAAGGGUGGACGUCGCCAUCUGUUCUGUCUGUUGCUAGAUCGGCUUAUUCCGCGAAUUCGGAUAGAAACUGAACAGGUAAUAGACAAUUCCAGUUCCAGUCUUCUUUAUUGGGCUUCGCGGAUCAUUCUUGAAAAAUCAACCGCAUAUGUGGUGGUAUCCGACAGUGGCCGCGACGAGCAGAUUAUCCACUUGGACCAUGUGCGGUCUGCUCUUGGAAAGAUUGGAGAUCGCGAGAUUGAGAACGAAGUGCUUCUUCUUGAGCAUGACAUCCCUCAUGCUCCCUUCUCCGAUGGUGUGCUAGAAUGUUUGCCUAGUGAAGAUUGGAAGCCGGAUUUGAAGCCACCUAGAAUUGAUCUACGUCAUCUAACAAUCUGCUCGGUUGAUCCACUCGGAUGCACUGAUAUUGAUGAUGCACUCCACUGUCGACCUUUGGACAAUGGUCUUUUGGAGGUAGGCGUUCACAUAGCAGACGUGACACAUUUUGUUAGGCCCGGUACAGCGAUUGAUGAAGAAGCAGCAAGCCGAGGAACGACUGUCUAUUUGUGUGAUCGUCGAAUUGAUAUGCUUCCUGCCAUGUUGAGUAGCAACCUGUGCUCCUUAAGAGGUGGCGAAGAACGAUAUGCGUUCUCCGUUAUUUGGACCAUGACAAGCGAUGCAGAAAUUCUGGAUACCAAAUACCACAAGUCCUUGAUAUGUUCAAAGGCAGCGCUCACUUACGAAAAAGCGCAGGAAUUCAUUGAUGAUCCUAAUUUGAACGAUGACGUCACUAUCGGUUUACGUGGCUUGAUGAAGCUGUCCAAAGUUUUGAAUAAGAGAAGAACGGCCAAUGGAGCACUUACCCUUGCGUCUUCAGAGGUAGAUUUGAUAUUCUGUCAACUAAUUUUAUCAACUAACUACUUUUUGAUAGCAGUCUAG